UCUUGGUUGCGACGUCGUUUCGAGAUUUACAGCAUCAAGCAACUACCAGACCGGCGAUGGACGUCAUUUCCAGGACCACGACGAUGUCGUCGAAUCUGAAUCCCAACGCUCCGAUGUUCGUGCCGCUGGCGUAUCGGACGGUGGAGGACUUCUCCGCCGAGUGGUGGGCCCUGGUCCAGUCCUCCCCUUGGUUCCAAGACUACUGGCUCCAGGAGCGCUUCCAAGAUCCCCAAAACGACCCCUCAUUUUCCGAUAUUCACGAUCCUGCCCUCCUCUCCGAUGUCGACGCCCUCUUCGACGACGUUGAGAACAUCCAUUACUCCCCCAACACUCAGCCGGCGGAGGAGGAAGAGAAGGACUUGAACAAAGAGCUGGUUUCGUUGGGAUUGCUGAAAUGGCGGAAGGGCCGACCCGUGGCGGAGGCGCCGAGGUACAUCGAAAAGGCACCGAAGAUUGUGAACGUGAAAGUGAGUCCCAGGGCGAUUCAGCAGCCGAGGUAGACCGAGCCGGGCGGCGCUGGAUGACCGAGUUUGACGUAGUGUUUCUUGUCGUUUGUAGAUAAGCAUGUAUCUAGCUUUCAGUGUUUGUUCCAUGUAACUGUGUUCUACCGUUCGUACUUGCUUUGAUGAAUAAAGUAAAUCUAAUUUG